AUGGAUCCCGUCGAUAGCAUUGGCCCUUUGAUCUCGCAGGAUAGGCGUUCGCUUACUGCUACAAGCAUGAGCAGUGCAACUGAAGACAGUGACGGAGCGCUAGUGUCUGUUCACACUGACAGGAAGAAAAAGCGGCGCCAAAAAAGCAAGAUCACUAAGCCUCUUUCUGACUUGGGUGUCUACACUCGUGGCUACAAGUGGCACAGCUUCUCCUCUCCAGAGAGCAGGCGGUACAACCAUAUCUACUCGUUUGCCGAGCGGUCAUUUGAGAGCAUCACUCAGAGUCAUGACAACAAGGUUGCACUGGAAUCGCACAACCGCAAGUAUCUCACGCGAGUAUAUCCUUCUGGAUUCCGACUCCGUUCAUCCAACUUUGAUCCGAACAAGUUCUGGCGCCGUGGUGUGCAAAUGGCAGCGCUGAACUGGCAAACUUACGACAUCGGCAUGCAAAUGAACCAGGCUAUGUUCGCCGCUGGAACUGACCGUACCGGCUACAUUCUCAAGCCCGAGAGCCUUCGCUUACCAGCUGCUGGUGAUGGAAAGGAGAAGCGCAAGAUGGAGCGCAAACUGGUUCGAUUCUCGGUCGACGUCGUCUCCGCACAACAACUCCCCCGUCCACGCACCAUCGGACAGGACGACAACAUCAACCCUUAUGUCGAGAUCGAGAUGUUCAGUGCUGAUGAUCGUGGACAGAGCUUCGUCCUCGGCGAAGGUGGUAUGGAUGCCUCUGCGCGCAACGGUAUGUCCGGCAUCGGAUAUCCGCACCGUCGCCGCACCAAGAUCGAGCAAAGCAAUGGCUACAGCCCCGUUUUCAACGACAAGUUCAAGCUGUCGCUGGAAACUAAAUAUCCCGAUCUUGUGUUUGUGCGAUGGACUGUCUGGAGCUCAAUGGACGGUCGCAGUGCAGGCAAUAACAACAGCGUGCAGCUGGCCACUUUCACCGCCAAGCUCACCAGUCUCUCUCAAGGUUACCGCUACUUGCCUCUCUAUGAUGCUAGCGGUGACCAAUACUUGUUCUCAACGCUUUUCUGCAAGAUCUCAAAGCAAGAGCCCAUCUCCGUUCAGCGUCUGGACCUCGAAGAGCUCCGCGCCGAACGCAUGGGUAUUCUGCGUCAGAUCGGCCAGACUGUCUUCAAGCGCUCCUCGUCGGUCGAGCGCGAAAGGGAUCAACCUCACGAUUGCAGUGAUUCCCCGAGCCCUGAGGACAAGGAAGGCUCUCCUAGCUUGACACCCACUGUGUCAACAACGUCAAACUCAUCAUUCGUCCAAUGA